AUGUGCUAUGGAUUGAGUUUGCAGAACCGGGACAUAGUGCUUAAGCUGGACAUGGCUAAGGCAUAUGACCGGGUAUCGUGGUUUUUUCUGACUUCGGUGAUGCGCCGCCUAGGUUUCAGUGAAGUCUGGAUUGACAUGGUGUUCCGGGCUGUGUCUAAUGUUUGGUAUUCAGUGAUAGUAAAUGGAGUCAAAGAAGGCUUCUUUACAUCUACGCGGGGACUCAGACAGGGGGAUCCAUUGUCCCCGACUUUGUUUGUGAUUACAGCUGAAGUCCUGUCCGUUUACCUUGCUCGGGUGUAUGAUGGCACUACGGUGCCUCGGUUUACACAGCCGCUAGGGACACCACAUAUACAUCACCUGGCCUAUGCGGAUGAUGUAAUUAUUUUUAGCACGGCCAGGUUGGGAGCAAUUCAGGAGGUAAUUAAUGCUUUGGAGGAGUACGAGGAGAUAUCGGGACAGUUGGUGAGCUUUCAGAAGAGUGCUUUUUACAUGCACCCUCGUACUCCAGCUCGUGAGAUUGAUGAGAUUCGCAGGGCAACAGGUUGUGUACAUAAACAAUUUCCAUUUACUUACUUGGGUUGCCCUGUGUAUAUUGGCCGCAAGAAAUAUAUAUAUUUUGCCUCGGUGGUUGAUAAAGUGAAGGCUAGAUGUUUGAGUUGGCAACGCCGAGUGCUUUCAAAGGGCGGGAAGGCAAUUUUGAUAUCCUCAGUCUUGCAGGCCAUACCAUUGCAUUUAUUCUCGGCCUGCGCACCGCCUAAGCAGGUCAUUCGGGACUUGGAAAGAUGUUAUGCUCGCUUCUUCUGGAAACAGUCAGGCGGCGCCCGGUAUCAUUGGAGUUCUUGGAAAACUCUUUCUCGUCCUAAAAAGGAGGGGGGAGUGGGGUUCUUAGACUUGGAUUUGAUGGUAAGGGCGGCCAGUGCCAAAUUGUGGUGGAAUUUCCGGACAGAACACACGCUUUGGUCAGAUUUUAUGAGGGCUAAAUACUGCCGCCGGGUUCACCCGGUUGCUAAGUUAGUCCAGACUACUGAUUCACACACCUGGAAGCGGAUGUUGACAGUACGUGAUGAGGUUGAGAGGGUUCUGACUUGGCGGUUGUUCCAAGGCCGGGUUAAUUUCUGGUGGGACAACUGGUCAGGUCUGGGCCCGCUCGGCGAACUUUAUCCACACCGGGGGGUUUCCUACUCCAGGGAUUUGCUUCUGGACUAUGUGCGGGAUGGUAGGCUUGAUUUGGCUGGCCAUGAUGACUUGGCUUAUGCAGGGAUUAAUGCGGACCUGUCCCGAAUGGGGCAGGGUCCGCGUGAUAUCCCGCUCUGGACCAUGGCGUCCGAUGGUAUGUUUUCUUAUUCCUCUGCUAAGGCCUUUCUUAGGCCUGCUCUGCCCACUGCACCGGACCCUCUCUUAGCUAAGUGUUGGCGCAAGCACCUCCCUUUUAAGGUGUCCUUCCUAGCUUGGAGAGUGUUCCGAGGGCGGCUUCCUACGGAUGACAUCUUGGCUCGCUUCGGUCAUGUGAUCGUUUCGAGGUGUUGGUGUUGUCCGGCCCCGGUUCCUGAGUCUAUUGAUCAUAUUUUUUAUUCUGGGGAAACGGCAAAAGCUGUCUGGAGAUAUGUUUUGGCGUCCCUCGGCCUCUAUUCGCGACACCGGAGUCUUAGGACUUUAAUUGUGGGAUGGGGCCGGAGGGGGACGCGUAACCCUCUUUUGUCUUUUGUUGUUAGCAGGUUGCCGUAUCUGGUAUUGUGGGAGCUGUGGAAGCACCUAAAUGGGUGCAUGCAUGGCCGCGAUACUCCCAGCAUUCCACGAGUGAUGCAUGGGGUAGCAAAGGGGGUGGCGGAAUGUUUGUUUAGGCGGUGGUCUAUGCAGCAUAUCCUGCCCUCUAAUUGGAGGACUGUUGUGGCAUACUUGGAGGCACACGUGCCGAGGCGUGUUGUUAGGACGGUCAAGUGGUCUCCUCCUGCUGCCGGUGCUUUAAAGAUUAAUUUAUCUUUGUCUUUGGCAGUAGGGGGGCUGCAGCCGUGGUACGCAACCAGGAGGGUGGCUUUUGUUAUGGGGUUGCGUGGUCUGGACAGGGGGAGCACGCUCGGGGCAUGUUCCGGGUCUUGUUCUCCUGUCUGGAAUGGUGCCUGGCCGGGGGAAAUACAGUGUUGGAUAUAG